GGAGCAACCUCUGUGAUCUGUGCAGCCAAUUGACUGACGUAAGGCGGUAAGACGUUCGCUGUCAAAACAUUGCUUAAUGGAGAGUGGUUUUUUCGCAAAAAAAACACAUAAACAAUGAUUGAGGUGUCUGCAAAACUAGUCAGAGGCCAUGUGUUCCUAUCGGGGGAGGUCGUAGAGUGCAUUAUAUCGUUCAACCACCCUGUUGCUACAGCCCACAAGGUGUCUCAAAGCCAUGCGGAUGUGUUCGAAGGCUUGGCGUGGGCCUCCGCCCAGAUCCACUGUCAGUGUUUUACCGACGCGCGACUCCCCAAAGCGAGCAACAGCGAAAACGUCGGUCACCUCACAAUGGCCAAUACAGCCUUGGGGUCUGCCACUGGGGAUAACGCAAAAGUGGAGUUUGCGACCAAGCCUAAAAUAAUCUUCUGUGACUUGCGACUGUCGCCUGGACAAGUGAGGCAUUUCAUCUACCGGGAAAAAAUCCCCACAGAUUCUCCGCCCUCGUAUCGCGGGCAGCUGGUUAAGUACUCCUAUAAAAUCACCAUUGGGACGCAGCGAGUGAACAGCCCAGUUAAGUUGAUGCGAGUGCCCAUCAGGGUGCUGCCUCUGGCAGAGGCAGUGCUGAACGAAGCGGGCGCCUUUUGCAAUGAAACUACCGAGGAACUGACACCGACUAACCCAUUCUUGGAGAUCAGGCAAAAGGAGAAGCCCAUUGACUUGGCUUUGGAAAGCCUCCAGAACAUCACUGCCAGACGCAACUCGAACUUUUACAUGAUUUCGAACAUGUGGGGCAAGGUGGCGCGCUUUUGCUUGUUCAAGCCGGCUUAUAAGCUAGGGGAGGAUAUUAUAGGUACUUUCGAUUUUACCGUGGCCACCGUUCAAUGCAUGCAAGUGUCCGUGUCGUUGCAAUGCGAGGAGGAAACCGCAAUGGACCCGACCAAACAAACACGCAUUAUCACUUACAGCAAGCACCAUGAGGUGUGUUUGGGAUACAAAUACACCCAGCUGAUCCUGCCCAUUCCCCUACAUGUCACGCCGGCCUUUGCCACUGAUUUGGUCUGUUUAAAGUGGCGGCUGCAUUUUGAGUUCGUCACCAGUCUGCAUAAGGGCCUGAAUCCCCCCGGUGCGGACGCAACCAGCUGGCAGGCGCCUCCAGAAGUGCCCAUUGAGACGAUGGUGUGGAGCCUGCCCAUCCGGUUGUACUCGACCACGCCCAAUCACGUCACCCAGGGCGUCCAAGGGGUGGCUGUUCACAAACUGGUCAUUCGAUGAUGGAUAUGAAAUUUUUUUUGUUGAUUUUUUAAAUUUUUAUAAUAAAUACUUCACGCAG